AUGUCUGACCGGAUCUUCUAUAUUAACUCUAACAUGUCUUCUGUCCCCUGGGAGGGCAGCACAGCAGCUGCUGUGCCUCCUAUUUCUCCUCCCACACCUGGUUACUACCAUGUCCUCUACCGAGGAUGUGGAGAAACCCAUGUGGGCUGGCAUGGGGAGACGUACUGCCUGGUAGGAGGCUACCGGCUCUAAGGGGAUGCUCCUGUGGCUACCCCAGCAAAGGCAGAAGCAGAGAAGCCAGGCCCCAGGCGGGGUCUCAAGAGACACCGAGCUCUGGCAGAGUUAGACGAAGACCCAGGCUGCUCUGGCCCCAAAAUUCGGCGUUUACACCAUGGUGGCAGGAGGCUGACCCCCCAGAAGCUUGCUGGCUGA